CCCUGUUUAGAUGUAGAUCAGCUGGGACAAUAACAACAAUAACAGCCGAUAUCGGGGUCGGAACAGCGCUUUUAUAAAUGGACCGCGCCCGGUGUGAACACCCCACGGAACCGCGGAUGGUCUUUUAAACGAUGAGGGUUUAUUUCACCGGUUUAUUUCCUUACAUUUCCAGAUUAGUCAAACUGCUUCCUGCGUGCCCCACCAAAACGAGAGGGUUGGAGAAUUGCAGCUAAUAACCCAGCUAGCAUGCUAAUCUGCCCUAUAUUUUCAUAUUCAACCAUACCGCUUUACACUCCGCUUAACUGGCUUUCGCGUCAUUACAUCUGUUUGCAAAAUGCUUCUGGGUUACAGUGUCGGUUUUGAAUUGUUGAUAUUUUUAUUUCGAUAGCCCACUGUUGUAAUGCUGCUAUAAAGUUUUACUAUCAAUUUUACUAAGCCCUUACUUAUGUGUAAGGAGAAAUACUAAUGUUUUAAAUACUUAAAUAGCUAUUUUCUCGGCUUGACUGUGUAGUUUGUUAACUUGUUUGUUGUUAAGCUAGCUCGUUAGCAGGGGUUGUGUUAGGUGCAGUGUGGCCAGGCCUCGCGGCUGUACUGUACUGACAGGACAGAUGACAACAAAAGAUUAGCUUGCUCCCAUGCUAGCUCGCUAACCCCCUGCGUUUAUUUCUGACACGGCUCAUUUUCGACUAUUUAUUUUUUAAUAUAUGAGCUAUAUCAGUUGUUAUGCAUUUAGCUCAGUUUUAUUUGCCAAAUUUCCUGUUUGGCAUAACAUCCUGUGUUUCUGUGUCACCACCAGCCUUAAAGUGGUGGUGAGCAGUUAGCUUAUUAUCUAGGUAAUAUUGCUAGUUAUAAUGCAUUUGUAAUUGCUUGUUUAUAAGAUGGACAACGCAGAAAGGGGAACUUUUUUUAAGCAAUGUUAACCCAUAACCAAGCAAACUUUUAAGGGGUUUUAUUAUUGUUUACUAUCAAACCCAAGAGUGUGCUGAAACUCAAGUUGCAGCAUUUUAGUGUGCAACCCUUGACGUCCAUUAAAGGGGUUUUAAGUGACAAACUGCAAUGUCAGAGACUCUGAUCACGGGCCACACAUCAGAGGAUCUGUUGGCUGACUUUGAGACUCUGCUGAACUCUGGGAGCAUUGACCUGGCUGAGGACCACCAGAUAGUGAUCAUCACCAGCCCCAGCAAUGAGGGACUCCACCCGAUCGCAGCCCCCACCAGCACGGGGGAGAUCCUGCUGUUUGCCACGCCACAGGGCCCCGUUGAUGUCCAGGACAAGAGGCGACCGGCCCUGGGGAGACCUCCGGUAAAGAGGAAGUUGGACCUGGAUAGUGACCAUCAGUAUUUUAGCACCACUCGCCCGUCCAUAGGCCAAGCACCGCCCUCCACACCUGCCCCUCCGAGAGUCCCUCGAACAACGACGGAGAAGUCCCGCUAUGACACUUCGUUGAACCUGACCACCAAGCGCUUCCUGAACCUUCUGUCCCAGUCUACUGACGGCGUGGUGGACCUGAACUGGGCCUCGCAAGUCCUCGAUGUCCAGAAGAGACGCAUCUACGACAUCACCAACGUGCUGGAGGGAAUCCAGCUCAUCUCCAAGAAGUCCAAGAACAACAUCCAGUGGCUUGGUAAUCGAGUUGAUGCGGCAGUGGUUUCCCGCCAUAAGGAGCUGCAGAGGGAGGUGUGUGACCUCACAGAGGCUGAGGAGCAGCUGGACGACCUCAUUUCAAAAUGCAACCUACAGCUGCGACUGCUCACAGAGGACCAGCAGAACAAGAAGUUGGGCUAUGUGCGCUGCCAGGACCUGAAGAAGUCGUUUGACUCCCCGGACCAGCUGGUCAUGGUGAUCCGAGCUCCACCAGAGACCCAGAUGCAGGUUUCAGAACCCAGCCAGGGUUACCAGGUGUCCCUGAAGAGCACACGGGGGCAAAUCGACGUCUUCCUCUGUCCAGAAGAAAGUUCCGGCGUCUGCAGCCCUGUGACAGGAAGUAGUCCCUCCAAACCCGAUUCCGACCCCUCCCUGGUCCCGCCUCCCUCACAACCCAUGGACCAAUCGCAAGCCAGAACAUCCGCAGCCGCUCUUGAGGUGGGUUUAUCAUCUCCAGCGUCCACGUCGUCCACGGUGACAGCCACCUCCCAGCAGGACCCCUCCUCCAUGGCGUUAGGGGAGGAAACAGAAUCUCUCCUGGGAGGCGACCCGUUCUCCAGCCUCGGAGACAUGCCCGACUUCAACCUGUCCCCCCUCUCCUCCUCGGAUUUCCUGAAUGGAGACGGCCUCCCUCUCCCAUUGGACGGUUUUAUCAACCUGUCCCCGCCUCACAGUCACGACUACCACUUUGGAUUGGAGGACAAUGAGGGCAUCAGUGAACUGUUCGAUUGUGACUUUGGCGACCUAUCGCAAGUGUUGGGAGACAGUUAGAUGAAGGAGACGAGGAGGAGGAGCAAGGAGACUUCUAGAUUUCUUCCCUCCUUCCCUAUAGGCUUCAAAUUGAGGGCUGCAAAUCUUUGUCAAAAACACAAUCUUAAUGUUUUAAGUGUGCCGGGAAAAUGUUUUGUGUAAAAAUCUCAGUCCCUAAAAUAACAUUAUUAGCACUUCUCUGGCCAUUACAAUUUUAGACCAAGAAUUUAGCUUUAGUAUAGCUAUUUAAAUUAUUUAUAUGAAUGUUAUUUUGAUAUUUCUUUUGUUAUUGAUAAUGUUUAAUCCAAGUGGAUGAGCAGGUGUUGGUGUGUGGAGUAUGGACUCAUAGGGCUGGUUUCCUUUACACCAACGAGAUGCAGAUACAAAUCACAAGGCUGGUUUUUAGACAUUGUUUCUCCAAGGGGGAAAAUGUAGCAUCUCACAGCUGAAGGUCAUCUAUAAACUAUCAUUAUGAGCGGUAUAGAUUCAGUGUGGGACUAUCCUUAAGGCAGUUUCACACUUUCAAUAUUCUUUUCCACAAAAGAGUGGUGCAGGAAUAAGUCCUGAAUCCAGAAACGAGUUAGCAUUUUAGCCGGGUUCCAUCCUCUCGAAGUCGAAGUUUUUUUUUCUGGUUGCCUAAAAUAAGGUCUGUUGUUAACAUAAGCUUACAAGAUUCUUACAUUUUGUUCUACCACAUAAAAUAUGUCAGUUAAUACUUCACUGGUGAAUGUCUGGUGCUAACAAGGGGCAAAAUGAACUUACGGUCAUCACUACGAACACGGUGGAUGUAGUUCCUUUAUAGCCUAACGUUAGCUUUUUACCUGCGCUUCAGCUAUUCUAAAAGUGAUGUUAUCAUGCUGAACAAAACGAGCAAGUGUUUACCACAGAUCUCAUUUCACACAGAAAUCCCAUUUAUUUUUGUCAAAGAAGCCCUUGCAAUGCUAACAUCUUGGUCAGUCUACAAAAAAAGAGCAUCACUACCCCACUCUAUGAUGUCAUUAUGAGCACAAAUGUAAAGGCUAAACUAAUAAUCAGUUCAACCUCAAACACUGGAAUCCUGACUGCUUUCUCUAACGAUCAAGAUGUCAUUGCCCCAACUUAAAGGAAUAAAUCACCCUUUCAAUA